UUUGUUUCCCUUCUCAUCGUUUCACUCAUGGCGACAAAGCAGGGCUUCCUGACCAAGGAAGGCAGCUUUCUCCGCAACUGGAAGCGUCGCUGGUUUACGCUUGCCGGCGCGUAUCUCUUAUACUUUGAGUCUGAGCAAUCCAGCAGACCGCUGGGAUCCAUUGCGCUCGUCGAUGUCAUGGCUAUCACCACCGCAGCGUCUGAGCGGCCCGAUCACCAAAACUGUCUGCUCCUCCGCACCGCCGAGCGGUCCUUCUACGCCUAUGCCGACACCUACGACGAAAUGGAGAGCUGGAUUCUCGCCAUCGGCCGCGCUGUGGCUCACACUGUUGCUCUGAGGCAGGGUGGCACGGAUAAUGAUGAUGAUGCUGCUGCUGCUGCGGCGGCUGCGGAUGAUGACGAUGAUGAUGGCUGUGAUCACGAUGAUGCUGAUGAUGACGCUCGUGGCUCGCCAACUCCGACAGCGCCGCGUCCCAAGCCAAGCAGCCGCGCGCUGCCGCUGUCUGCCUCGUCGCGCUCAUCGUCACCGCGAGAGUCCGCUGCCCUUGGUGGCUCGGGGUCGUCGGGAGCGCUGGCUGGACUGGGUGAGGCGGCCAAUUCCGCUCCAGUCGCGAAGGUGAACUCGGCCGCGAGCUUCUUCCGCGAGUUCCAGGGCGCCUCUGCUGCAGGCAAGCGCGACAGGAGCAUGUUUGAUCUGGGCGUGCGGAUUGCGGGGCUGCCGGACGAGGACCGCGAGCUGCAGGCGUCUGUGCUGGAAGACCCCGCUUCGUCCAUUGCUGCAUUGGCGCCAAGAGGCAGCGCAUUCAACGAGGACAGCUCAGACUCGGACGAGUUCGCAGAGUACGACUCGGACAGCGACCAAGACGCUAGCACCAAGUCGGGCGGCAGUUCCGGCCAAAGUUCUGCUCUCAACUCGGCGCACAAUUCUUCGGGUCAGAUUCCAUUCACCUUGGGCGAUGGUGUUCGGCUGCAACGGGGUCGAUUGAAUGCCCCAAGCGAUGAUGACAAUGAAGACGACGAUGACGACAGCGAGACGAGACAGUCACGGCGACAACAGCGACGAUUGGCGCGUCAGAAGGCCAACCGCGACCUCUACGUUCAGUGCUUGUUUGCCAUCCGCCACCGCGUCGGCGCGGUGAAUGACCCAGAGUGCGUCACUGCCAAGCUGUUCGACUAUUGCCAGCGCGUGUUUGGCUAUGACGCUGCGACACAUCGCAGUGCCAUGGAGGAAGCAGCGCAGCUCACGCUCGACUCGCCCGCAACAAGCAAAAAGUCGCAUCAUCAUCAUCGCCACAGCCAUUCGUCGAUAGCUACUCCACUCACUGUGCUCCGCGUCAGCAUCAUCCAAGCGCGCGGCCUCUUCCCAAAGGACAAGACUGGCAAGUCCGACCCCUUUUGCGUGCUCGGACUCUGCGACUCGGAGGAUGCCGCCAAACCGCACAAGCCGCGCUACUCGACCUCCGUCAAGGGCCAGACGCUCGAUCCCGUCUGGAAUGAAGAGUUUGUCCUCGAGCUCAAGUCAGCCGAACACCAGGUCUUUGCGCUGGACAUGUGGGACCAAGACGAAAAAUCCGCGCUCUCCCGCCUGACCAAGCAGAAGCACGACUUUAUGGGCCGCAUCCGCAUUCCCAUCAAGGACAUUAGCGCAGGUGGUUCGGACGCGUGGUACACGCUCAAUCAGCGGAGCAAACGGUCCAACAUUUCUGGCGACAUUCGCAUCCGUUUCAACUUUGAAAUCCCUGGAGCUGGCGGCAACAGCAGCGGCAGCAACUCAGGUAGCUCUACUCCUGGUACAGGCGAUACAUCAUCGCCCCUCCCGCUCAACAUUUCCGCAUUCCGCGGGACGGCAGCGGCACGCUCAGACAGCCUCUCUCCGCGCACGUCCGUCACUCAGCUGAGCGCAAACAACAUUCGAAGACUCCUGGUCUUGACACGCAAGUUUAUGCAAUUUGAAGCGCGACCGUAUCUGGCCAAGUCCGUCGCAGAGCUGGACAACGGGCGCGAUCGCUGGUCUGCCGUACUGUCAUUGCAAGCGUCGUGUGUGUUGAAUCAAGUCGCGCUCCAGUCGGGCAUCGUUUCUACCUACGAUCGCCUCUGCGUGGAGCUUGUGAGCUACAGCAGAAUGUUCAUGCAGUACUGUCUCGACUUUCGUCCCGUCCUCGGCGUGUUGUCGCGCAUUGAGGAGCUGUUGGAGCAGACCGCGCCCAACGCCCUGGUCGCGUCCGAGAACGCCACUGCUCUCAACUCUCAGCGCAACCUGCGCCCACCACUACAGGCGUCUGCGACGACUCCACAAACGUCCGUGUUCUCCUUGUCUGGCGAGCACACUGCAAUGGCAGCCAGGGCCGUCAAGCGCAUCGUGUCACGGCUCAUCGCCACCCUCCUUCGCCUCCGCGACGUGUUUCCGUUUGAUUUGGAAGAAUCUGGUGGCUCUGGGUCGCAGGGGACGUCGUCGUCUCUCACGUCUUCGACAAACUCCUUGCCUGCGUCGCCGCAGCACUCGUUUACGGUGGCCCAGCGGCUGCAAGCCACCUUGCAAAUCCUGCAGACCAUCUACCGACUCCCUCUCUGGCUCGAGUACCACAGCACCAGUUCGUUCGAACAGGUGCUGCCCGAUUUGUUGCAGCGCCACUUGGGCGUCAUGUACAGGCGAUUGUCCGCCAUGGCUGGAGCCAUGGAGCGUGGAACCAAGGACGAGUGUGCCAAGCUGGCCAUCAUCGCCGGUGCCGUUUCGAGCGAGCUGCAGUAUGCCUCGACUCAUUACCAGCGCAUCUUUGCCCCGUUCGGAUGCAACUUGCUCCUUCUCUUUGCCCAGCACUACUGCUCUCUCUUGAAUUCCGACUUGACCGCGGUCAUGCGGGUCGUCGCCGAUGAUGCCAAACCGAGCGAGCUGGUUGCCCGCCCCCAGGUGUUUGAGCUGUACUUUGUUUUGAAACGGCUGCGUGACGCCCUCUCCCGCAAGUUCUCACAGAGCGAACGCUCCACCAUCAGCUUGAUUUACAGCUUUCACACGCACUUCCGUGCCAGCCUGCUGCGCUGGAUUGAACUCACCUCGAACAAAGCCGAGGUCUGGAUUCUCAAUGUCAUCUCGCAGGACAACACCGAGACGGUCGGCCAUGCCCUGUACUCGUCCUCCGUCAUUGACAUGUUCACCUUGUUUGACCAAAUCUUUGGGUUUUUGCGCUCGCUCGAGUGGCCGGAUCCCGCGGAGGAGUCUGUGGUGCUGCCGCUCCUCGUCGACAUUGUCUUUAAAGGAGUCAAGAUGUACUGCAGCGAGGUGCGCCGGAAUCUCGAUCGGCGCACCAACUAUUCUCCCGGUGGCGAGCGGCUGACCAAUUCUCCCUCUGCGGGCGAAGCUGCUGAUCGACGCUCCUCCCUGUGGUUUUUCAGCGGCAGUUCGAGCUCAGAUCGCACAACCUCGUUUGACGUCUCUCGGCAACUGUGCAUCCUUCUCAACAACAUUGAGCAUGCCGACACCCGAUUGAAGGACUUGUUCUUGUCGCUCGAGACGUCGGGUGUGGUCGACACUGCGGCCAGUGCGUUGCGGAGCAGCCACGACUCGCUUCUGUCGACUCUCUUUGCAGACAUUUCCGAUCAUUUGCGCGAAGUCUUGUCCGAUUUGAUUGGCAUUAUUACGCGCAAAAUGACACCCGAGAUUGCGAGCUACUUGGGCCUCAUCACCGGCACAGCCCAGUCAACGCAAGUGAAAACUCUCUGGAUUGUCCGCGCCUUCAGCUCGUUGGCACGGUCGCCUGUCGAUGCCGACGCGGCCGUCCCCAUGACCAAAAACGAAGUCCGCGACGCUCUGCAGCCCUUGCUCCAGUAUCUGUCGACAAACCUCGAGACGUUCGCGGAAGCGCUCUAUCCCAUGCUCUUCCAGCGCGUCCUCUUUGAGAUUUGGACGAUCGUAGUGGAGUCCAUCUCUGCAAUGGCAAUGCCAGGCAUGGAGGAAAAGCUGUGCGGGUCGAUCAAAAGCGUCACGUCGCUCAGUGCCCGCCAGAGCUCGGCAUUUGCGCUGUCGCUGGACGAGAUCCACUCGUUCUUUUACGCCAACAAGGACGGAAUUCCGCUCAACAGACUCGACUCGGAUGCAUACCGAUCACUCAAGUCGGUUCUCGAGUGGUACAACCUGCCCACGUCCAGUUUGAUUCGGCAGUUUGUCGAGUGCGAAGCGCGUGCUUCUCAGAAUGCGCUCGUCCAGGGCAAAGGCGAUCUGCAGCUCGAUCUGUCUUUGGUGCUCAAGGGCGCCGGUGCCAUUUUGUCUGUGACGGUGAUUGAUGCCAGUGGAUUAGUUAGCAAAGACCCCACCAGUCUCCCAAAUCCUGUCGUUGAGCUUGAUGUGGUGCCGCGACAAAUGAGCCAACAGGUACUGCACCAUUGCAAGGUGAUGCGCACCAAGACGAAACGACGGACCAGGUCUCCAGUGUUUGACGAAACGUUCACCUUUAACAUUGAAAAGUGGGACCCGAUGCUGGUCCUGCAAGUGUCCGUGUUUGAGUCGGAUUUGAUUUGCGGCGAUGAAUUUAUCGGCGAUGUUGCCAUUCAGCUGUCUGAGUUGCCAGAUGGGCCGUCAGUGCGUACCACGCGCAAAAUCACAGCCGCAGACUGCGACGAGCUGGAGCAGAUUGCGCUUAUUCUCUCUGGACGGAGUGUGCAAGAUACCGAGCACGAGAGUUCAUCAGUCGUCGGUCGUCUGCCAGCAACGAACUGGUCUGCUUGCUGAAAUGGAACAUCCAGUUGCUGGAUCCUCGCAGCAAUCCUCUCGUCAAAUUUGCCAUAGCAGCGCACCGCGCUCGCAUUUCCAAGCUGACGACUGUUUCGAAGUGAUUGCGUGUUUGGAUUCAUUUUGUCCGAGCAUGCGCGUGGGUUGUUUCUCGAGGAUAGAGAUCAAAUGUGAUUGUUCAAUUUUUUUUUCCGUUUUGUGAACGCUUCAACAUUGCACCAAAACGAUUCAACCCA